GUUAUUUCCUGCUAGCAACUCCAAAACAAUAUGGCGGACAACGAAGACAGACCAGCAUCUGCUGCCUCCAGGAAGUCUGUGGGAGGAGAGCAGCAGAAUGUAGAGCAGUCAGGGUCACGGCCACCAUCAGCUAAACCAGGGUCCAGACCUCAGUCUGCUGCAAAAUCACCGGCACCAGGAUCCCGCCCUGGGUCUGCCAAGCCUAAUUCAAGGCCCACAUCAGCUAAACCUGGCUCCAGACCAGUGUCUGCCAAGUCUGGAGGUUCAAACAGACCUCCAUCAGCAGCCAGUGGGAACAGGCCGAUUUCAGCGGCUGGUUCCAACAAGCAGCCCUCAGAGACAGGCAGCGCAAGAGGAAGCAGGAAGGGAUCUCCAGUGGAAGACAAGCCCCCAUCUCCUCAGGAGGCAGAGGAGGCCGAAGAAGGUGAUUUUACAGAAAGACCGGCAUCUCGCUCCUCAGCUGGUCAUCAGUCUGUCCAGCAGGAGACUGCAGGAGGAGAUGACUUUGACCUAGAGCAGCUACAGGCAGAGGAUUUCACAAUGGAUCAGGGUUUUGGGCAGCAGAUGGUGCCUGCGGGUGGUGGACCUCCAGAUGGAGAUGGCAGCGAUGGAUCAGGGGAUGAUGAUGAGGAGGAUGAAGAGGAGGGAGAGGAGGUAGAGUCAGAUGAGGGCAGUGAUGCAGAGAGUAAUGUAAUGGUCGUGCUGGAACCGGACCACCCACUCAUGAAGCGCUUCCAAGCUGCACUGAAGAAGCAGCUGUCACGGCAAAAUGAGAAGAUCACGCUGGAGCUACGAGAGAAGGAUGAGGCGCUGCGGACGCGGAAGAAGGAGCGAGAGGACCUUGGUGUGGACCUGUAUGGCAUCCAACAGGAGCUUGCACGCUACCAGAUGAUGCUUGAGAAACGACAUGAUGAAUACUCUGAGGUGCAGCAAGUGCGGACCCAGGAAGAACAGCAGCUGGAUGACGUUCGCAACAUGUACAAAGACCUGCAGUUCUCCGUCAACCAGGAGAAGAAGAAAACCUCUGAGCUCCAGGGAGAGGUGGAGAAUCUAGCACUGCGACUGUUUUACAUGCAGAAUGCGAAGGAAGAUGUGCGCUCUGAUAUUGCCAUCAUGAGGCGUGCUGCAGAAAAGGCUGAUACUGAAGUCUCUAAGGCAGAGAUUGAGAAACAGAAACAGGAUUUGUUUGUGGACCGUCUAGUUGAGCGUGUGGACAAACUGAAGGAAGAGAUCGCCAUGUACGAGGCCCAGCUCACUGCACAGCUCGAGGAAACCAAGGCCGCCAAGGAACAGCUUAUGGAGGCCCACAUGGAGAUUGAGGCAAUAAGCCUUGAAAAAAAGCAGCUUUACCAGCAGUGGAAUUCCUCCCUGAUCGGUAUGAGGCGCAGAGACGAGGCACAUUCUGCCAUGCUUGAGGCUCUCAGCCAGCAGCAGCAGAAAGUCCUAUCACUGGAGACAGAGAUCGAGGGAUACAAGAAGUCAAUUCAGAAAGAGCAGGAGCAGAAUGAGAAACUCACUCUCAUCCUCAACAAGACGGAACGGGACAUUGAGACGGUGAAGAAACAGCUGACCCAGUGUCAGGCGAAGCAUGACGCCCUCAAGUCCGAGUAUGCCACAUACACCAGAAUCCUGCAUGAGACCGAACAGAGCCUGAACAGGGCAAUGACGGACAAAACAUUGCGUGAGAACGAGCUGAAUGCCCUGAGGAAGCAGAUCGAGCGGGAGUACCUGGAGAAGGUCCGCCUGGAAGAUGAAAUCAUGGAGAAGAUGAGGUCACAGCUCACCAUGGACAAGGCUUCACAGUACACAAAGAAACUCACAACCAAGAAACGAGAACUUACCAAACAGCUGGAGACACAAAUGGCUGAAGUAGAGAAUGAAAUCUCCCAGAAUACACUUGAAGUUUCCAAUGUUAAGGCUCGCAUUGAGCGUCUGCUGAAAAUCUCUCGAGAUCUUGAUAAUGAGAUUGCAAGGCAGAACGAGAUCAUAUCCAAGAGUGAGACCGAGAUUGUGCGACGUAAUGCCAUCAUUGAGAGGAAACAAAACCUCAUCGACCAGUUUAACAAAAAGCUGGAGGUCAUAAUCAGCAAGGCCGGGGGUGUGGAGCUUGGGCCAUUGGAGAUCCAGAUCAACUCUCUACAGAAGUCAAUUGACGCCCGACUCCAGGAGAUUGGUGAGCUGCAGCAAUUGUGGCUCCGGCAGCAGACAGAGCUGGUACGCCUCUCAAAGGACCAAGAGGAGCAAGACACGGAUGUCACCAAGCUCAAGAAACAGUGGACCAUCCUCACACAGAAGAAGGCUAGGACAGAAGCCGAGAUUGAUGGGCAGCGUCGAGAGACGUAUGAUAUAGAGCGGAGUAUCGGCAACAUGCAGAAUGACAUGGUGAAGCUGAAUACACUGCUGCACAAGGAGAAGGGGUCACAGGUCAUGCUCCAACAGGACAACAUUCUCAAAGAAAAUGACUUCAUCAACUCACUCAAGGAUCAUGAGCUGGAGUCCGUGGAGUUGCAACAGGACCUGGACGCCCUGAAGGAAGAGAAGGAACGCCUCCUUAACAGCCUUGUCGAGGCAGAGCGUCAGAUCAUGUUGUGGGAGAAGAAGACGCAGCUGGCCCGUGAGACUCGUGCAGCAGUGGACUCAGAGGUUGGGCAAGGGGAGGUGCGUGCCAUGAAGUCGGAGAUCCACCGCAUGCAGGUCCGCUACGCCCAGCUCAUGAAACAACAGGAGAAAAUGAUCCAGGAAAUGGAGAAGGCUGUAUCAAGGCGUGACACAAUUGUAACGCGAGGCGAUGCCCAGCAGAAGAUGAGUAAGAAGGUGCUGACCAAGGGAACAUUCGAGCGACAAAUGAACGAGACCAGGAAGAAGAUCAAACAGACCAUACAGGAGGCCAACUCAUGUGAUGAUGAGAUCAAGCAGCUGCGGGACCACCAGACUGAUCUGAGCAGUGAGCUGGAACAGCACCAGGUGAAUGUCCAGCAACUCCAGAGCAACUCUGACACCAUAGAUGGGGAUAUUGACAGACUCAUCGAGGUCAAACAAAAGAACCUGACUGAGCUGUUGAGUCGCCAGCAGAAGAUGAAAUAUUUCCAGCAGGCGAAGGACGGAAAGUACACACGCCUGUGUAAGAGUGAGGCCUCCCUUGAAUCAGAGUACCAGAAACAGGUUGACAGAAUGCAAGCUCUGAGCGCAAUUGUGGACAGACUGAACCAGGAAUAUCCCCAUGCCCAGCCUACCCUGCGUCGUGUUACGGUCAACCUCAGCUCUAAGACUGCAGGAGACGAGAGUGUAUAAAACAGUCGUGUUUAGAAUGAUUGUGGAAAAAAGUUUAUUGUUGUUAUAUGUUCACUGAACAAAAAUAUAAUAUAAGUAUUUUAGCAGUGCUGUGAUACAUGAGUAUUUAUUACCAUUUCUUUGUCAAUAAAAUGUGUACUUUUUGUAAUGAUUUAUUUUUAUUAUUUUCUUUCUUCACUCAUAAAAAAUAUACAUGCAUAUCUUGUUUUACUAAAUGCACAGAUCUUUCUGUGGGUUAAAAAAAAUGAAACAGUAAUGAGAUCAUUAUAAUGUGUCUUUUUCUGUGUUUUACACUGCCACAUUCUGUGAGAAUGUUUUGUGAGUUCAUAUGUGGUUAAUGCUACUUUAAUGUCAUUAUUCGCUAUUAAUUAUUACCAGGUUUAUUACCAAUUGAAACGUUUGUGGUAUACAUUUUAUUUUAAAUUCACUUUGCCCAAGAGCAGUUUGCAUUUUUGUUCCUUGUAUUGAUCAACAUGUGUUUUAUUGUAUAUUUAUGUCAUGUACAUGGCACUUGUUUUGGAUAAAAAAUAUUGUCAUUUAACAUGUUAUCAAAUAAAGUCAUGAUAAAAAUG